UGCUCUGCCCCAGCUAUGGAGGGCCUGAACGUGUCCGUGGCGUUUUUCCUGCUGGUGCUCGGGGCGUGCCAGGCGCUCGGGUGGCUUUCCCGGAGGCUGCUCUCCCCCGGCCCGUGGGGCUGCCUCGCCAGGGAGUUUGCUGGCUCUUUCCAGCUGUGUUCGAGCUGCCUGGAGCUCMGGAUGCUGAUGGACAUCGGGCCCUGGGGCGCUGGUUUCGGCCUGGACCUGGCCCUCACGCUGCUCUUCCUGCUSUGGGCCGCCCAUGGCGCCGCUCUGGCCGGAGUGCCCGCCACCCCCACGGUGUGUGUGCAGGAAUUGCUGCUGCUCCGGGCCGGCCCGGCGGGGACAGGGGCCAGGCUGCUGGCCCAGGCUGCGGGCACGGCGGCGGGCAGGGCGCUCACCCGCCUCUACUGGUCCUGGGAGCUCACACAGCUCCAYUUCAUCCAGAACCUGAUCGCUGCCGAGUGCAGCUCCGCCAUCCGCGCCCCSCUGCCCCUCGCUGCCUUCGUGGAAGGCUCCUGCUCCUUCCUCUUCCACCUGGUCCUGCUCAAGGUGCGCCAGAGCCACCCCCUGUGCCGGGUCCCUGCGCUGGCGGCCACUGUCACCUUCCUGACCUACGCAGCCGGACCRUUCACGGGGGGCUUCUUCAACCCUGCCCUGGCCACGGCCACCACCUUCCACUGCUCGGGGAGCAGCUCCUGGGAAUACAUCCAGGUGUACUGGCUGGGGCCCCUGGCAGGGAUGCUCGCCGCCCUCCUGCUCUUCCASGGCAACAUCCCCCGCCUCUUCCAGAGAAACCUCCUCUACAGCCACAAGAGCAAGUACAGGGUGCCAAAGGCCAGGGUGGCGGCGCAGGUGGAGGGUGACAAACCGAAGACGAAAGGGGACAAGAGCAAGGGCGAGCCCCGCGCCUGAGCCCGGGGGUUCUGGCAGCCCCUUUCCCCGUGUGGAGCAUUUUGCUGCUUUUUCCAUCCUUUAAGCAUCAC